AUGUUUCCUCUGCAGCUGCUCGCUCUGAUCUUCAUCUCCACACCGACUCCCGACCUGAAGAAGAGGAGGCAGGGGGAGGAGGAGGCAGACAGACAGGGGGAGGCAGACAGACAGGUAAAGGGGAGGACAGACAGACAGUAUGAGCUGCUGCUGAAGAGGGGAGACCUGCUGGAGGUUCCUCGGACUCUGUUCACUCACUUUGGGAUUUACCUCGGAGGAGGAAGAGUGGCUCAUUUCAUCCCAGACAUUAUCCCCGUCGUCUCCGGCGACCAGACUCGGAUCGGACAGAUGGUGACCAACAGCCGGCUCCUACUGGGAGUCCUGGCCAAGUGUGGCAGCGUGAGGGUGGACUCGGUGGAGGACUUCGCUUACGGGUCAGAAAUACUCGUCAACACCUCCGACAAGGUGUGCAGCCGGCCGGCGCUGAACGGCGAGGAGGUGGCGAGGAGGGCGGAGAAGCUGCGGGGUCACGUGUCGUACAGUCUGCUGUGGUACAACUGCGAACACUUCGUCAUGUACUGUCGGUACGGCACCGUCGUGAGCUUCCAGACCUUCCAGUUCUGUAGAGCGGUGAGGAGUAGCUUGUUGUUGAGUCGCGUGUUGCAGGUGACGGCGGUGCUGGGGGGGUGUCUUCUCCCUUACCUGAGAGAGGUGAAGCUGCCGCCGGCGCCCCGUGCUGGCCGUACUGCUGCCCUUUUCUCAUCUGGAUGGCCUCAUAAACACUCAGAUCUAAGCGAGUGA